CUCUCUCUCUUACUCACUCACUCACUCACUCACUCACUAACUCAAACUAAUCGAAUCCCUCGCUCGCUUUCUUCUUCUCCUUUUCUUUUUCGCCUCUUCGUCUCUUUCUCUGAGAAAAGGGAGAGACAAAAAAAAAAAAAAAAGAGGAAUGGAGGAAGAAGACCAGCAGAAGAUCUUAGAUCUAGUCAAGGAGCUAGUCCAUCGCUUACUCUCUCAAAACCCAAAUCCUAAAACCCCUAAUUCAAACCCUAACCACAACCCUAAUUCAUCCGAUUUCCAGAAUGCUCUUCGUUACGCUAUCCGUAUCCUCUCCAGCAGAUUAACUCCCUCCAUUGCACCUGAUGCCGCUGCUAUCGCCGAGUCCAUAAAGCGCCGCCUUGCCACUCAAGGUAAGUCCUCGCAGGCUCUUAAUUUCGCCGAUCUUUUUAACAAAUUUUCGUUGAAAACUGGGCCUGGUAGCAUUAAUAACAAGUGGGCUGUCCUUUAUUUGCUCAAAAUCAUAUCCGAGGAUAGGAAAACUGCAAAAAAUGCACCCAAUACGGUGUCUUUAUUGCCUAAUUUAGCUCUAAACGACCCUGAUUUGAACAAUGAUUCGCGGGUUCUUCAUAAUUUAAAGAGAGGAGACAGGGAUUGGGAUAAUGGUGUUCUAUUGGUAGCGAAAGACCCAGAAAAUUUACGUGAGAUUGCAUUUAGGGAGUAUGUGAAUUUGGUUAGAGAAGAAAAUGAGGUGUCGGAGGAGGUUUUGGUGAGGGAUGUAUUAUAUGCUUGUCAAGGUAUUGAUGGGAAGUAUGUGAAAUUUGAUGUGAAUGCUGAUGGAUAUGUCUUGUUAGAUACUGUCAAGGUCCCUAGAACUACUAGGCUUAUUGUCAGGAAGCUAUGUGAGUUGGGGUGGUUGUUCAGGAAAGUUAAAGGGUACAUUUCAGAGAGUAUGGAUCGCUUUCCAGCUGAAGAUGUAGGCACAGUAGGGCAGGCAUUUUGUGCAGCAUUACAAGAUGAGCUCUCAGAGUACUAUAAGUUGCUGGCUGUGCUUGAAGCACAGGCAAUGAAUCCUAUCCCAUUGGUUUCUGAGCCAGCUAGUUCAGGGAAUUAUUUGUCAUUGAGGAGACUCUCAGUUUGGUUUGCUGAACCAACAGUGAAAAUGAGGUUAAUGGCUGUUUUGGUUGAUAAGUGUAGAGUUUUGAGGGGUGGUGCAAUGGCUGGGGCUAUACAUUUGCAUGCCCAGCAUGGUGAUCCACUUGUUCAUGAGUUUAUGAGGAGUCUUCUUCAGCAUGUGUGUUCUCCACUGUUCGAAAUGGUUAGGAGUUGGGUUUUGGAAGGUGAAUUGGAGGAUAUUUUUGCUGAAUUCUUUGUUGUGGGUCAGCCUGUCAAAGCAGAGUCACUUUGGAGGGAAGGUUACCGGCUCCAUGCUGGGAUGCUUCCUGCAUUUAUUUCACAAUCUCUUGCUCAGCGGAUCUUGAGGACUGGGAAAUCAAUAAAUUUUCUUCGUGUUUGUUGCGAUGAUCGUGGCUGGGCUGAUGCUGCAACUGAGGCAGCUGCCGCUGCUGGGACCACAACUAGAAGAGGAAGUCUUGGGUAUGGAGAAACCGAUGCACUUGAAACUCUGGUUUUUGAAGCAGCAAAGAGAAUAGAUAAGCAUCUUUUGGAUGUUAUGCAUACAAGGUAUAAGUUCAAAGAGCAUUGUCUUGCAAUCAAACGGUAUUUACUAUUAGGCCAAGGUGAUUUUGUUCAGUAUCUAAUGGAUAUUGUUGGGCCAGAGCUUUCCGAGCCUGCUAAUACCAUUAGCUCAUUCAAGCUAGCGGGAUUACUGGAAAGUGCAAUUCGAUCUUCUAAUGCUCAGUAUGAUGACCGUGAUAUUUUAGAUAGACUGAGGGUCAAGAUGAUGCCACAUGGCACCGGUGAUAGGGGCUGGGAUGUAUUUUCAUUGGAAUAUGAUGCUAGAGUUCCACUAGAUACAGUAUUCACAGAGUCUGUAAUGGGAAGGUAUUUAAGAAUUUUUAAUUUUUUGUGGAAACUGAGACGAGUAGAGCAUGUGCUUAUUGGUGCUUGGAAGAUGAUGAAACCAAAUUGUAUUACAUCUAAUUCUUUCACUAAGCUGCAGGGCACAGUUAAGUUGCAGUUACUUUCAACAUUGAGGCGAUGUCAAGUUCUUUGGAAUGAGAUGAAUCAUUUCGUAACAAAUUUGCAAUAUUACAUCAUGUUUGAAGUAUUGGAGGUGUCUUGGUCUAACUUUUCAAAUGAGAUGGAAGUAGCAAGAGAUCUUGAUGAUCUACUUGCAGCCCAUGAGCAUUAUCUCCAUUCCAUUGUGGAGAAAUCUCUUCUUGGCGAACGUUCUCAGCACCUUUACAAGUCUCUCUUUGUCUUGUUUGACCUCAUAUUACGUUUCAGAAGUCACGCAGAUCGCUUGUAUGAAGGCAUUCAUGAAUUGCAAGCGAGAACCGUGGCGUGCUCCUUACCUUCACAAGACAAGAAGAAAUCACGAAGGCAGACCUCAGAUAAAUCUUCAGAACCUGGAUCAUGGGUUAGUGAUGGGAGGAAGGCCUUAACACAACGUGCUGGGGAAUUCCUUCGUAAUAUGGCGCAGGAACUGGAUGCUGUAUCAAAGGAAUAUACAACAUUGCUAGAAGGAUUCUUAUCUCAGUUGCCUAUGCAGCAACAUGUUGAUUUGAAAUUUCUCCUGUUCCGGCUUGACUUCACCAAAUUUUAUAGUCAACUUCAUCCUGUUAAAUAGAAGUUAGUAAUCAAACUGAAUUUUAUAUUCAAGGCAUGAAAAGACUGCUUCAGUUUGACUCAUUGCUCAUUGCCAUGAGAGAAAAAUUUGCAGUUCAUUGCUGACAUCUGGAUGUUCCUGUUUGUAUUUCAUUGCUUGAUUUUAGAUGGUUUGUACUCCUUUCUGAUGGCCUACAUGAAAGUUUGCAAUCAUGUUGAAGGUAUUUUUGUAUCACUAAAUGAGGGUGUUUAAAGUAGUGUAGACGGAUUGAAUAUUUUAGCCCAAUUCCUUGCUGGCGAUUUUCUUGCAGUUGCAAGCUUUACAACUUUGCUUGUACAUUUGUAUCAUAGUUGUGUAAUGGCUAAAUGGACUUCUCAUAAUUUUUUAGCUUGUUGGUAAGCUUGUCUUGCAAAGUUGCAACGGAAAAGAAAUUAUGGCUUGUCUUCCUGGAGAAAAUGAAAAUUAGGUGAAGGCAAGUACCCAAUUGAAGAAAAAGCAAGAGGAACUUUCGUCAGCGAUGAGAACUGGAGAAAUUUUGAGUUUAAACUCAGCAAACUGCAGUGUGCUCUAAGCCAAGUAGGGGAUGGGCUUCCAAUUUGGAGAUGUUUGUUUUGAUCCUACGUUAUUGAUAAUAGUUAUGGCAAUUCCAUUUAUUCCAAUCAUAGGCGUUAACCAUCAUUACCAAACAGUGAUAUUUGGAUUAAAGGUAAUGAUUUGUUUGGAUGAUGUCAUCUUGGAUGGAUGUUAUGGAAGGUAGGUAACCCAAAGUAAUGAAUUUGGCAAUUGGAGGAUCAAUUUCUGAUGUUUUGCCGGAAGCUCAUCACUGACGUGUGCUUGUCAUAUCAUGGGAAAUGCACUUAAAAUUCUCUGUUCACAAUAGGGGUUUAAGAGUGAUACUGAGGAUUGGAUGUAUGUAAAACUAUAAGAGUUUGAACAACUGGUGAAACUUGCUUGGCAAAUGGAAUUUAAGGGAGAACCAGUGGCUAAACAAAUUGUAUGAAAACGAGAAACAUGGGUUCUAGUAUACUUUCGUGAUGAAUUCGGUGUUGCCAUGAAUAACAGGCAAUGAAGUGCAAGUAUCAAUAGAAGUACUUGAGAAGAAAUAUGAGUCUGUGAACCCUGGUGGCUUGAGUGGAUGAUAAAAGUGAUAAUGAUCUUGGCUUUUAGCUCACUAGUCCUAUUUCAAGAUUUGGAAUGAACAGUGAACAAGAGGAUAUACACAGUAGACAUCUUUAGUGCUUUUGUUUCAUUAAUGCCUUGCUGGUUUCUCUACUCAUUGUGAAAAGGUUUCAUAUGUAAUUUUAUCAAACCUUUUUGGUGUUGAAGAAAGAAAAACAAGCAUAUGGGAUUGUUACUUUCGGUCCUUCUAGUCAACAAGUUCAGUUUAGUUGCCAGUUGUAUCAUUUAUAGAGGAAAUGAGAGGCGAGAAAGCACCGUGAGGGAUCCA